AUGGGUGGCCUGUGUAGGUUGGGAAUGCACCAGGUUCUUGGAAACAAGAGCUUGGGGAAAAUUUGCAAGCGAGGCCAAUUACCCACACUGAUAAAAUAUGUUGCAAGACAUCUAACAAAUGUCGAGAAAAAGGCUACAAAUGUCGAAAUAAAUGCAAUGGAAUUGUUAAAGACAUUAAAGGCUGUAAAGAAGGCAAACUUUGCUGCAUGUCAACUUGUCAAGGGAAAGGUGGAAAAUGUCGCCUGGAGUCUAAAUGCAAAGGGAAUACAAAAACAGCCAACACCUACAACUACGUCCAUACCAGAAACAACUGGGCCAGACCAAGGAACGACGCCGCCUGGACAAGGAACGACGCCGCCUGGACAAGGAACGACGCCGCCUGGACAAGGAACGACGCCGCCAGGACAAGGAACGACGCCGCCUGGACAAGGAACGACGCCGCCUGGACAAGGAACGACACCUCCUGGACAAGGAACGACGCCUCCUGGACAGGGAACGACGCCGCCAGAAGGAACGACGCCGCCAGGACAAGGAACGACGCCUCCUGGACAGGGAACGACACCGCCUGGACAACAAACACCUACCAAUCCCGUUACUACUACUCCAGCUCCCACCACAACUCCAGCACCAACUACUCCACCCCCCACUACUCCAGCACCUCCCACUACUACUACUCCAGCUCCUACCACAACUCCAGCUCCAACAACUACUCCAGCUCCAACAACUACUCCAACUCCUACCACAACUCCAGCUCCAACAACUACUCCAGCCCCAACUACUACUCCAGCCCCAACUACUACUCCAGCUCCUACUACAACAGCAGCCCCCACCACUACUCCAGCUCCUACUACUACUACACCAGCCCCUACUACAACAGCAGCUCCCACCACUACUCAGGACCCAGUGAAUGCAUUACAAAGUCGACUUUUGGCCCUGACUACCAAGGAUGAAUCUCUGGACAAUCUCGACGAUUCACUUGACGAUCGAGAGGCAGGAGCUGCUGAUACAACAGCAGACACCACCACCGUUGCAGACACUACAACCGUUGCAGAUACCACAACUGUUGCUGACACCACCACCGCUGCAGAUACUACAACUGUAGCUGACACUACAACUGUAGCAGACACUACAACUGUAGCUGACACUACAACUGUAGCAGACACCACAACUGUAGCUGACACUACAACUGUAGCAGACACCACAACUGUUGCUGACACCACAACUAUAGCUGACACCACAACUGUAGCAGACACUACAACUGUAGCAGACACUACAACUGUAGCAGACACCACAACUGUAGCAGACACUACAACUGUAGCAGACACUACAACUGUAGCAGACACUACGACUGAAGCAGACACUACAAUUGUAGCAGACACUACAAUUGUAAUUGGUACUACAGAUGUAGCAGACGCUACAGCUACAGGAGAAACCACAGCCAGGGCAGAUACUACAGGAGACACUACAAUUUUAUCAGGUACUACAAACAUAGUAGACACUACACUUACACUUGACACUGCAACUGUAGACACUACAACCAUAGCAGACACGGUAAUCGCAACAGACACUACAAUCACGGCGGGCGCCACAAACAAAGUAGGUACUACAGCAACAACUAAUGGAGAAACCAUAACUAUACCAAUGGUCACAUCCAAAGGAGGCACUACUACUUCAGCAGAAACUAUAACCAUACCUACAAUCAUAAUAGACUUUACAACCAAAGAAGAUACUAGAGCAGACACUGUAACCUUGGCAGACACAUUAGAUGCAACAGGCAGUACAUUAACAGAUACCAUAGUUAUGACACACACUAUGGUAACAGGCAAAACGGCUGUAACAGAUAGUACAGCAGAAGAGGUUAUUAUUACUGCAACAGACACUGCUACGGUAGCAGACGUCAUAAACACAGCUGACGCGACUAUAGCAAUUACUACAGCCGCACAAGUCACUGCAACAGAUGCUGAUACAAAAGGAGAUAUUACAGCUGAAACAACAGAUGCCCCAAAACAAGCAGUCACCGCAACGACUGAAGCUGCUGAAACAACAGCCAGCGUAAAUUCCGAAUUGAAGACUAUUAUAACUAGCUUUAAGACUCUAAUAGUUAGUCUUGACGAUAUUAUAGAGAGUGGAACUGCUAGUGAAAUAGAUGUACAAAAAGUUGUCAUUGAUGGAUUAAGAGAAAGCAUUGAUGCUAUAGUAGCACAACUAUCUGGCAAUGGAGAUAGCAUAUUAACUGAAAGUAUAAAAUCUUCUGCCAGUGAAGUGGCAACCAGUAUAGAUGAAGCAAAAUCCUGGGUGUAUAUUGAACGACAGGAAAUCCGAACUGGGAUUACUGAGGUGAAUCAACUGUUGCUGCAAUAUGGUGCCACUACAAUUUACCUGGAACCGCUUGUUACAGGAGAUGAAACUGAUGCACCUGAUGAAUCUAAUCCUGCACCUGCUGAUACAACGGGUCCGGCAAAUGUGGCCACAACUGCAACUGAUGCUGUUCCAAUUCCUGCAACUGUUCCUACUACCACAAACGAAAUAGCGAUGGCUGAUUCCACAUCAGAUGCUACAAUAAUUGUUACAAUAACAGAUGAUGCACCUCCUCCCACAAUGCAUCAUGAAAUUACUGGUUUUGCAACAAAUUAUGCAACCGAUACUACAAUAAUUGGUAAUAUGCCAAGCGAUUUUGUUACUGAUUUUAUAACAGAGGAUAUAACAGAUAUUACAAGAAUUGGUUUUGUAACAGAUGCUACAGUGACUGGUAUAAUAACAGACGAUACAACUGAUGCUAUAGUAACUGGUUUUACAACAGAGGAUACAACUGAUAUUACAGUAACUGAUUUUAUAAUAGAAGAUACAACUGAUGCUAUAGUAACUGGCUUUACAACAGAGGAUACAACUGGUACAGUAACUUAUUUUACAACAGAGGAUACAACUGGUACAGUAACUGAUUUUAUAACAGAGGAUACAACCGAUAUUACAGUCACCGGUUUUACAACAGAAGAUACAACUGAUACUAUAGUAACUGGUUUCACAACAGAGGAUACCACUGGGACAGUAACUGGUUUUACAACAGAGGAUACAACUGAUGUUACAGUAACUGGUUUUACGACAGAGGAUACAACUGGUACAGUAACUGGUUUUACAACAGAGGAUAUCACUGGUACAGUAACUGGUUUUACAACAGAGGAUAUCACUGGUACAGUAACUGGUUUUACAACAGAGGAUACAACUGGUACAGUAACUGGUUUUACAACAGAGGAUAUCACUGGUACAGUAACUGGUUUUACAACAGCGGAUACAACCGAUGUUACAGUAACUGGUUUUACAACAGAUGAUACAACUAGUGCUACAGUAACUGGUUUUACAACAGAGGAUACAACUGAUGUUACAGUAACAACAGAUGUCACCACCAUUGAAGCCACAACAGCUGAUACCACAACCGUUGAAGCUACAACUGCUGAUGCCACAACAGUUGACGCCACAACCACUGAUACUACAACAGUUGAUGCUGCAACUGAUGCCAUCACUGCUGAUACUACAACAGCUGACGCCACAACUACUGUAGCUACAACAGUUGAGACCACAACAGCUAAAGUUACAACUGUUGAAGGUACUACAGUUGAUGCUACAACUGCUGAUACGACAACAGCUGAUGCUACAACUGAUGCAACAACCGCUGGAGCCACAACCAUCGAAACUACAACAUCUGAUACUACAUCAACUGUUUCUACAACAUCUUCAUAAAGACUGACAACCUUAAUAUUUAUUUCAAGAUCUGAAUCAGUGUUCUAUUUAAAAACUCACACAUACGCGUGGAUAUAGAUUACAUUAUAUGUUUACUGAAAUAUAGAUAUAUAAUCAUGCACAUUACCACAUUUCUGUUUUCAAUAACUGUAUACGGUACUGUGUCAAUAUGAGGUAUCUCAUACUCAACAGCAUUUUUUUUUUCGUGCAGAAAAUAUAAAUACAAGCUGAAAAUGAGUUUUGCUUAUACAUAACGAGGUGUUUACUCAUCCACUAACAUGUACCUUACCUUUAGUUCACUGAUCCAAACUAAUGAGUACGCAAGGAAUUAUAUCUGGGGAAAAAUAAGGAUGAAAACAAAUAUUUCACUUUACAGAAUGCCAACUAUAAACUAUAUGUAUGUCUAUAUAAUUCGUAUACAAGGACUAAAACGGCAUCUAACCAUUAACUGUUACUAGUUGGAACUUUGAUCUACUUUUUCAUUUAUCAAUAAGGUAAUUUCCGAUCCAAAUUGGGGAGUUAGAAUCUGCUUUGGAGGGUAAAAAAUGUAACACACAUCAGUAUGCAAAAGCUACUGCCGUUAUUGCUUCACAUAGAUCUAAACCUUAAUCUCCUCCAUUACUGGACACUGGGCCGACAAGUUCUCUCCUAUAGAAUCGUGCUUUUCUGCAGCCAGUCCUCAAGAGAGGUGACGAAAGUAAUCCUUCAUACUGCUUUAAUUAUCUUUUAAUUUUGUCCCCAACUUCAAGAUCAUUUUUAUCAGGCAAGCAUUGUGCAAGACUUUUCAUUUUUAUCACUAGCGAUAAAAGAUCGAUCAACGAUCUUACCCAUAUAGUUUUAGUACUGAAAGUGUCUUUUUACAAAGAAUUGAAAAUAAAUGACUAAAAAACGCAUAUUUUCUUGCGCUGGGAUUUUUUUUUUUUUUUUCAUUCACACUUUUAUUUACAACCUUAUCAUUAUGUUGUAGUCAGCGUGAGUUAAUGUAACUUUUAUUAAUAAAGCAUUUUGCAGGCUACAGCAGAAGACUGACCUUUAUUAUCUUUUCCGUCUCUUCUCACUCCUGCAUGUCUACUCCACCUUCCACUCCAUAAC